AACCUAAUUCAACCUAUAAUCCCGUAAUUUUAUUUAUAAAUUUUAAAGGAUUCCCAUUCUAGUCAUCAAAACUGCGAGGACAUGGGAUCCAAUCACUACCAUACGGCUCACACCGUCAUCAGAGUUAAAGAUGGGUGCAGCCUCCCUCGGUUCCAGGAAUUCUAACAGAAAGCAGAGCACUCUGCUGGUCCCCGAAUUGGCCACCCCGAUGUCAUGCCUCCAGUCUCUCUCCGGCCAACUUUUCUCUCCCUCCAGAACCCAAACCCCAACUGCCUCCCCCCGUCCCUCCUUCCUCUCAGAAGACAUUCUUCAAACGAUCCCACCACCCAAUCCUCACCACCCCAGGAAGAUGACCUCCCCGUCCUCAUCGCUGACGCCGUCCUCCGCCACUCCGGCGAUGACGACCCCCGAACCCUCGCCCGAUCCCUCUCUCGCCUCUCCCCCAAUGCCUGGCCUCCGGCCCUCGUCGACCGCGUCAUGAAGCGCCUCUGGAACGACGGCCCGCGAGCCCUCCUCUUCUUCCACUCCCUCCUCCGCCUCCCCUCCUUCCGUCCCGCCGCCUCCUCCUUCGACCUUGCCAUCGACCUCGCCGGCCGCCUCCGCGACCCCCGUGCCCUCCGCCGCCUCUCUUCCUCCGCCAGCAUCAUGGCCUCCCCCCACCCCCGUACCUUCGCCAUCAUCGCCGAGCGCCACCUCGCCGCCGGCAAGCCCGACCGCGCCGUCCGCUCCUUCCUCUCCAUGCCCCGCCUCGGCUGCCCGCACGACCUCUCCACCUUCAACUCCCUCCUCGACGCCCUCUGCAAGUCCCGCCGCGUCGAGAAGGCCUUCUCCCUUCUUCGAGCCCUGAAAAACCGAUUUCUUCCCGACGCCAUCACGUAUAACAUCAUCGCCGACGGUUGGUGCCGGCUCAAACGCACUCCAAAAGCUCUGGAAGUUCUCCGGGAGAUGGUCGAUUCCGGCAUCGAGCCAACGCUGAACACCUACAACAUCUUGCUCAAGGGCUUCUUCCGAGCAGGGCAGAUCAGGGAGGCGCUGGAAUUCUUCUCUCAGAUGAAGAAGAGAGGGAGGAAGAAGAAUCCGAUUUCGGGGGGCAACUGCCGGCCGGAUGUGGUUUCCUACACCACCAUGGUCCAUGGGCUGGGGCUCGCCGGUCAGCUCGACAAAUCCCGGAAGGUGUUCGACGAAAUGGUCGACCAGGGCUGCCUCCCUUCGGUGCCAACCUACAAUGCAUUGAUUCAGGUCAUCUGCAAGAAGGGCAGCGUCAAAGAUGCCAUCUUGGUAUUUGAUGAGAUGGUGAGGAAGGGAUACACCCCCAAUGCUGUUACCUACAAUUUGGUGAUCAGAGGGCUUUGCCAUGCCGGGGAGAUGGACCAAGCCAUGGAGUUCUUGGAAAGGAUGAAGCGUGAGGAGUGCGAGCCCAAUGUGCAGACUUAUAAUAUUUUGAUCAGGUAUUGGUGCGAGGAGGGAGAGAUAGAGAAGGGUUUGCAGUUGUUUGGGACCAUGUUGGGGCGAGGGGGCUGCUUGCCGAAUUUGGAUACAUACAAUGUGUUAAUAAGUGCGAUGUUCACGAGGAAGAGGCCGGAGGACAUGGUGGUGGCCGGGAAGAUGGUGAGGGAGAUGGUGGAGAGGGGACAUCUCCCAAGGAGGUUCAUGUUCAAUCGUGUUCUGAAUGGUUUGUUAUUGACCGGGAACCAAGGAUUUGCCAGAGAGCUCUUGAGGAUGCAGGACCGGCAUAAACGCCUAGCUCGGGUUGUCAGGCCAUGAUGUUGUUUUAUUUUUCAGUGCUGGAAGGUUGGUUUUGGUUAAAGAAGGGAAAUUCGAAUGUUGUUCAAGCAUGCAAUGCCAUGAAGAGUUGAAGAUCCAAGGAAGCUUAAGUUAAGAGUCAUGCUCAAAUCUGGGUCAAAAAGAUCUAGAAUGAGAAUGGGAAUGCUUAGGUUAAUUUGGAUGGAAAUUGUGAAGGAUUUACAAAAGCCUGGAGUAAUUAGCGAGCUCAUCCCUUAUUAGCAUAGAUCGAAGCCAAACAGCUGGAAGAGGGCUUGAUGAUCAGCUUCAAGAUAAGUAGAUGCCCUGGAGAACAACUUGUGGAUGUCAGGAUCAGCACAUCGCUGAGUUCAUGAACAUUGUUACAGAAUUCCGAAAGAUAAAGCUGUGGUGUUUGCCAUCUUAUCUUCCACUGCAAUUGAUCAAGACGACCGACAAAAAUUAAGCAUCAAUUCAGUAACAAAAGAAGAGCCGUAGUUUGUAGACUUGGUGCUGGUGGUGAUGGAAUCAUUUGUUUAGAGAUCAAACUACUGCAGGAAGUAGAGUGCAUAUUCUGAUUUGAGCUGGUAGUGAAAGUGAGUGGGGAGGGGAUGGAGACUGCAGGAAUGGUGGUGGUGACAACAAUGUGGUAGCUAGCAAGAAGAGUUAGUAGUUCAUCUGUCCCUUUGAUUUUGCUUCCUCUAAACUUUCCUCCAGUUUGAAUAUUCGUGGACCUUAUCAUUAUGUAUGCUUCAUUGGAUUACUGGUUGCAUCUAACUUGACCUGUUGGCUGCAUUCCUGAUUUGAUAUCUGUCAUGUUGCUGAACCUUGAUGCACUAUAUAGUCCAUACUCUGUUGAUAGACUGCCCCUUGAAGCGAAAUACUCAUUUUAUAAU